GUUAGCAAAACAGUGAAGUUUAGCCUAGCAGGAAACACCGACCGAGGCUACCACCGCAGCGGUGGAAAAAGAAAGCACCAGUCAGCCCCAGUUUUAGUAUAUAUAUAUAUAUUUCAAUUUUUUCAAUUCGUGAUAUUUCUACGGCAAAUACGCGGUCGCUUGGAUCCUGGGAGUACUCGCUUACGUUUUCUGCGACUUUAUAUGAGGAGAGAGCUCAUUUAGCCAACUAAAUCUCCCGACACUGGCCGGGGGUGGACUCUUAUCCAGCGGCUGUAAACGGCGGACAUCGGCUGAGCAACGGCUGUUUUGAAUCAGCGUGCGUCAGUGGGCCUGCAGGCUCCACGCUGGUGCUGAGACAAGAUGAAGAGGUUCAGGCGACACGGCCAGGAGUCCCAGAGAGAUCGACUCAAACAGGAACUCUUCCAGUUCAACAAGACAGUGGAGCAUGGAUUCCCCCACCAGCCCAGCGCUCUGGGCUACAGUCCCUCCCUGCAGCUGCUGGCCAUCGGCACCCGCUCUGGGGCCAUCAAACUGUAUGGAGCUCCAGGCGUGGAGUUCAUGGGUCUACAUGAUGAGAAUGCUGCCGUCACACAGGUGCACUUCCUCCCCCGCCAGGUUGAAUUGGUGACUCUGCUGGAUGACAACAGUCUUCACAUGUGGACUUUAAGAGCUCAUAAGGGACUCUCUGAACUUCUGGAGAUAGGACGCUUCACACUCACUGGGCCACCUGGUGCCCCUCCAAGUGUGACCAGAGUGACAGCAGUGCUGGCUCACUCCUCCGGGGAGCUGCUGCUGUUGGGGACAGAAGGAGGACACGUCUUCGUCGUUGAAGUCCCAGGGUUCAGAGAGCUGGAGGAGAGAAACAUUAGUCUGGACCAAGUGGCCAGCAGUGUACCAGACGACUACAUCGGCCGCAGGAAUCUGGAACACGUAGAGGCCUUACAGGAGAACCCGGUCAACCCGAACCAGGUUGUUAUUGGCUACGGACGAGGUCUCAUGGUCAUCUGGGAUCUGGAGAAACAGUGUGCCGUCCAGCACAUCCCUGCCACGCAGCAACUGGAGAGUGUGUGGUGGACAGAGGACGGAGGCUACAUUCUCAGUUCACACAGCGAUGGGAGUUACUGUCAGUGGAUGGUGAGUGGCGAGGACGAGGACGAGGAGAAAUCCGACAUUCCUUAUGGACACUUCCCCUGCAAGGCCAUUUCUAAAAUAGUUCAGCUACCUACAGAAGAAGGGCCUCCGUUCCUCCUGUUCAGCGGUGGUAUGCCCAGGGCCAGCUAUGGGGACAGACACUGUAUCACAGUGAUCCACAGUAAAACCCACGUGGCUCUGGACUUCACCUCCAGGAUCAUCGACUUCUUCACCAUCAGAGACGGACCGCAGCACACAGGAGACCCCAGUGCGCUGGUGGUGCUGGUGGAGGAGGAGCUGGUAGUGAUUGACCUGCAGACGGAGGGCUGGCCCGUCAUCCAGACACCGUACCUGGUUCCCCUCCACAGCUCGGCCAUCACCUGCUCCCACCACGUCUCCGCCAUCCCCCUCAAACUGUGGGAGAGGGUCAUCGCCGCUGGAGAACUGCAGAACACCCACUACUCCAAAAAGCCAUGGCCAAUAACAGGAGGCCAGAACAUGGCCGUAGACCCUCCACAGAGAGACCUGCUGCUCACAGGGCAUGAGGACGGGACAGUGCGUUUCUGGGAUGCAUCAGGGGUCUGUCUGUAUCCCAUGUACAAGUUAAGCACAGCUGGAGUGUUCCACACAGAUGCUGACCCCAAUGAUAACAUGAACCAAGGCACUGAAGGAGAGUGGCCGCCAUUCAGAAAGGUUGGCUGUUUUGACCCCUACAGUGAUGACCCAAGGCUCGGCAUUCAGAAGAUCCACCUUUGUAAAUACAGUGGUUAUCUGACUAUAGCUGGCACAGCUGGACAGAUCCUGGUGCUGGAACUGAACGACGAGGCAGCGGAGCAGACCGUGGAGGCUAAAGUUGUGGAUCUGCUGCAGGGCCAAGAGGGCUUCCGCUGGAAGGGCCACGCUCGGCUGGAUGUUCGAGAGGAGCCGGUGCUGUUUCCUCCAGGCUUCCAGCCUUUUGCUCUGGUCCAAUGCCAGCCUCCUGCCGUGGUCACCGCCCUCACCCUGCACUCGGAGUGGAAGCUGGUAGCUUUCGGCACCAGCCACGGCUUUGGCCUAUACGAUUACCAACAGAAGAACAACGUCCUCAUCAAGUGCACCCUCAACCCCACAGACCAGCUGGCCAUGGAGGGCCCUCUGUCCAGGGUGAAGAGCAUAAAGAAAUCCCUCCGACAGUCCUUCAGGAGAAUCCGACGCAGCAGAGUCUCUCUGAGGAAACAUCACGUCCACAACGCUGCCAAGCUCCAGGAGGCGAAUGCUCGUCUGGAGGCUGAACUGGCAGAGAUGGAGCUGGCUCCUGUCCAGAGGAAGAUCGAGGCUCGCUCCUCAGACGACUCGUUCACCGGUCUCGUACGGACCAUCUACUUCGCCGACACCUUCCUCUCAGACAGUUCACAUAGCGCACCCUCCCUAUGGGCAGGGACCAAUGGUGGCUGUGUGUUUGCAUACAUGCUCCGCCUUCCUCCUGUAGAGCACAGGGCAGAAGAACCAGUAACCGCACAGCCAGCUAAGGAGAUCCAGCUGAUGCACCGGGCUCCUGUUGUUGGGAUAUUGGUGCUGGACGGUCACGGAGCUCCUCUGCCUGAGCCCCUAGAGGUGGCCCACGACCUGGCUCGCUCCCCGGACAUGCAGGGCUCACACCACCUCCUGGUCAUCUCUGAGGAGCAGUUUAAGGUGUUCACCCUGCCCAAGGUGAGCGCUAAGAUGAAGCUGAAGCUGACGGCUGUGGAUGGCUCCAGAGUUCGGAGGGUGGGCGUGGCCUGGUUCGGCAGCAGUCGCUCGGAGGACUACGGCGAGAGCGGCCUGGUGGUUCUGACCAACCAGGGCGACGUCCACGUGGUGUCGCUACCGACGGUCAAGAUGCAGGUCCAUUACCCCUGCGUACGCCGCGAGGACGUCAGCGGCAUCGCCUCCUGUGUCUUCACCAAGCACGGCCAGGGCUUCUACCUGAUCUCUCCAUCCGAGUUUGAACGGUUCUCUCUGUCCACCCGCUGUGUGGUGGAGCCUCGCUGUCUGGUGGAGGUUCCUCUUCAUCCAGGCUCCUCCAACAAACACAGGCCACAGCCUGACGGAGCUUCAUCUGCUCAUAGAAACGCCAGACAAGGCAGCGAGGAUGCAGAAAGUGCAGCUAGACGUGUUAUGGAGCAUGCUUUGCUGAAUGACGAGAACACACCCACACAGCAGUGUUUACCAAGCGUCAUCCCAGCGCAUGAAGUACUUCAAGAGAUCCAGAAGUCACUAGAAGGAGACCAGACGUCAUUCCUGGAGAAUAAUGUGAAGAGUGCUGUAGCUUAAGAGACAUCUCUGGAAAGUUGAGGUGAGACAAAGAGUGAACUCCCAUGUUGAUGUUGAUGUGUAUGAAGCGUACUGCAGUCCUGAAGCAGCACUCUCCUCCUGCUCGGCUCACACAACCACUACUGACCCCUGAACCCCUCACCUCAGUGACUUACACCCCCUCCCUCCCCUCCCUUUCAGAUCCCAACCACCCCUCGUAGAGAGACACCGAAAGGUGCUUAAUGAGCACCCCGAGGCUCCCUCCCGGUGCAGAUAGAGGGGUGGAGGUAGAGAUACCGCCUGUGCCUACAGACCACGCGCUGUACCCAAACGAUCACAGCGUGGUCACAAACCGUUUUUGAACCCAAAGCCACAAGCAGCACAUUCCUGACAUCCCAUCGAGAUCCGACCAGCGUCUCCAGUCUGCCAUAGAUGCCACGUUUGUUUGGACUUGAAUAGCAACCACGCCCACUUGACUCCUGAAGCCUUUAUCACCGCCGGCCUUUUCACGGGGAUUGUGCCAGUGGAGACGGAUCGUCCAAUCAGCACGCUCUCUGCUGUGCAGUCGUCUCCACCCACGGACAUGCAGCUGGAAGGAACGUGGGCGAGGAUUUGAGUAAUGUUGAUGAAAACAUUUUAGAGCUUCAACUGUAUGUGAUUUGUGCCUGAUUUUU